AUGAGCAUGUCCAUGAUGCUUUCGCAGCAGAACUACGAGCGGCUGAGGGCGAGAUGGAGCUGGCCGCCCAUCUUGGAGCGAUCCGGAUCUGCAUCGAGACUGACUCACAGCUUCUCCAGCGGCCCUCACGCGGAAGGAGCCAAACUUCUCAGCAAAUGCCUCGGCCCUGGACGUCCUGAAGAUUCAAAUGAGGCUAUGAUUCUCAAAGGGAACAUGGCGAGGCUGGUGUCGUCUUCCCUCCUCAGGGGGCUCGCGCGGUCGUGCCGCGCGCCCAGCACGGCGACCGUGUCACGACCAGCUUUCCAACAGUUCAUGAACUACUCAUCAGGAAUCAGUGGUGAUUCUAACGUGAAUGGCGGCACAAGUGCAACACGAGUAACCGCUGAUACUGAUACACAUCAAGAUUUCCAGCCUACAAGCAAAGGUUCUGACAUGUCUUUGCAAGACAUCGUUGCUCAGGAUAUCAAGGAGAAUCCAGUCGUUAUCUUCAUGAAGGGUUAUCCUGAAGCUCCCAGGUGUGGAUUUAGUGCACUGGCAGUUAAGGUCCUCCAGCAAUAUGGCGUCUCUAUCACUGCCAGAGAUAUUCUGAGUAAUAUGAAGCUCAAGGAGAGUGUCAAAGCUUACUCUAACUGGCCUACCUUUCCGCAAAUAUUUAUCAACGGGGAGUUCGUUGGGGGCUCUGACAUCAUAUUAAGCAUGCACCAGGCAAGUGAACGGAUCAUCACUAUUUCAUUCAGCAUGUCUUCAGAAAGGGGAACUUAA